UCGUGUCGGGGGAGGUGCGGGGAAAAAUGGCCGGGGACGUGGUCAGGCUUGAUAAGGGCCUGAAGUGCUAAAGGUGCACGUCUGGCCGAAGCAGUCGCUUUGACAAUUUUUGGACCUUCUGCUCCUGAGAACGGGUCGACCCAGGCCCUCGAUAAAGAAGUUUUGAGGCUGAAGCUCCACCCACCCUCACAUCACUGGAGUAUUCAAGAAGAAAGGUGGCAAAGUAUGAAAAAUGAGCAAAACUCUCCAAGAAGAAAUAGUCUGAAGAAAUAAAACAGACAAGUUUUAUUUAAUGUAGUUUAAUUAUUAUAUCUAAAAAAAAACUUGUGGGACAUUAACAGUCAUGCAAUGGAAUGUUCCUACUUAGUCCAAAACCCAGCGGUUAUGAAAGGAGAUGAAGCGACAUGCGUCUUUCCUGAAUGUUUUGUCGAGACGGUAAUGGACGAGGAUAAGGACGAGCCAGAGGCCUCUUGUUCGAUAACUCCUUUGAGGUCUUAUUUGCCUCCACCUGAAAACGACUGUAAUGAACAAUGUAGCAUCACAAAACUCAAGACGCCGCAAGUCGUCCGGCCAUUUUUCUCAAGAAUCGUAUUGACUGAGAACGAAGACGAUUUGUCCCCCAAGCACGAGCUUCCCAGGGAAAAGCCGCAGAUAGAAGAUAUACUCCCGAAUAAUAAAAGUCUAAAGCAGCUUUUCCAAGAUGUCUACUAUAAGAAUAUUUCUAAAGACCCGUUUUUAAAAGGGCUGUGUAAAGAAGAGACGAUUAACAAUGAGUUUCCGUUCAAGUCUAAAACACUCAGUGACUAUUUACAGAAUAAUACAAAGCUGAAUGUGAGCUUCGACAUACCUAUGUUGUACGCUUAUGAAAAGUCUCCACCUCGACCUGCUGUCAAAGCCAGUAUACAAACCUUUAUCAAUAACGGACCUGUUAGCAGUGAAAGGAUAGCAGCACCCAGCACGUCUAUAUCUGUAGAAAAAGAAUAUGAUAAAAAACCGUUUGGGACUAUUAAAAAAUUGCGUAUCCCAUUUCAUAUAAAACGUAAGACUGAGUUUGAAGGAAAACAAAAAGAAAGUCGAAAUAACGUUGAAUAUAAAAGGUUCAACAAAACCCAGCCCAAGUCCUCGGAUUCCCAGCUCAACAAAUAUUCCAAUAAAACUAUUAAAUCUGAGACUGUGUUAAGUGAUGACGACAGGUUAUUAAUGCAAAAAUAUAAUUUAUUACAAAUACCUUUCAUUUAUAAAUGCAAUAGAAAAAAUGGUAAAAAAUGUAAUGAAAAUCCGAAAAAAUUUAGACUCAGUUUAGUUUUAAACAUAGGUUAUAAAAGACCUCUUCUGGACGAAUUAGAAGCAAAUUUUAUUUUAAAGCCAGAAGAGACCAUUGUUAGUCCAUUAUCGGCAGUGAUCGCUGCAUCAGCAGUCACUAAACCUUUUACUAAGAAAACAUUAACUCGUGUUGUGGUUCCCGUUCUACCAGGAUCUGAAAUUUAUUCAAAAUCCAGUCAAGCUUUAAAAUUGUUCAAUGUCCUUUCAUAUGAUUGCAAAGAGAUCAAUGAAAAUGUUGCAAGGACUGUUAGUGAUUUAGUAGAUUUUGUCGUCAGACAAGACGAUUUCCUUCCAAUCGAGUAUGACACCGAUGUCCCGCAUUUUGAAGACGCUGUCAAGGAAGAUAUCGAAGAGACUGAUGCUGACAAUUAUGUCUGUAAUAAAGAAUUUUGUGUUAAAGGGUGUGUAUGUGAUAGCUUAAAAGGUAAAGUUGAUAUCAAACACUGCGAUAAUAUUGAUUGUGUGUUUGGUUGCAUGUGCAAUGAAUUGCGUAGAAGGACUCUCAGAAAUGCUCAACUUAAUGAUUUCAAAGACAAGGUGAGUGAAGAGAUGGUGAAUGGAAAAGUCAGGCGUGGUUCCAAGACCCCUCAACGAUACCGCGAUUAUGUUAGAAACUUUAGCCUUGUGAAUAUGAAAUCGUUGGACGAUAAGAAAAGCUCUAACGACCCUGACUACAAAGUGUCGAUCCCUUCGCUGAAAAAGUUCAAAAUGGAAAUGCCGGAGAAAAACCGCGCUCCUAAACUCUUAGGCGACAGCGAGGUCCCUGGAAUGGAGUGGCAGCUUUUCAAACCGGUCAAAGAACAGAUAGAAGAUCGUAGGUUUAAAUUUUGCUCAGGCAAAAUCAAAGAGAGACAGACUUUGGGGGACAUUUUCAUCUGGUGUACUUUGCAUUCAAAAUACAACUGCCUUUGUCCAAACCCUGUAGCCAUGUUUAAACAUAAUAUUAUGAUAUGGAAACCUACAUCGGAAGUAAGAUAUUUAGCUAAUAAAGUUAUGUUCAAAAUAAUGCUAGACUCUAAUUCUGGAUUUGACAAAGAGGUGGUCCCUUUCGAUUUACAAAACAACUGCUCUAGGACUUUCAAAGGCACCAUUAUCGAUUUUAGUGCUAGAAAUAGUGAUUUAAUAUUUAAAAAGAAAAGACAGUAUGAAUUGAAGCACAAUAUCUUGUGUUAUAGCAAUAGUUAUGUUAAAUGCAAGCCUUAUCUCAUGCUUGACAAAGGUUUGACCGUUCCACCGUUGCCGUGUGAAGAUAGCGCACUGAAACCCAAUAAUAUGCAAAUUAUAAAUUUUCAUUCAAAACGUACUGAUGAAGAGAUAGAUUUUGUAGAUGUCGAAGAAAUCUCCAAGGAAAUUGUGGACGACAUAGAUGAUGAACCCGAAAUAACAAUAUUCGAGGAGAAAGAAGAUGUUAUAGACUUGACAGAAGAAAAUGAUAUUAAUGAAACUCCUAGUGAACCGGUAGCAGAUGACGUCAAAGAGAAACUGCUCACAAAAGAAUCUUUUGAGGAACCUGAAAAUAUGCCUUCGGCAAGGCGGUCUUUACCGAGUCACGGCUUCCUCUGUCUGACGCCUGGAAUCGGCUUUUUAGAGGUUGACAACAGUAACAACAAAAUAACAAUACAACACCCAAAAACGCUAGCCUCUUGCAAGACUUUUAAUAGCAUCGAGGAAGCCAAUGAUUGGAUAAAUGUAUUGUUUAAGAGCCAUUUUAGUUUUGAGCCGCCCUCGUUCAACCUUCAAUGGGUGGUCGUUACGCAGGGCGUACUAAAACUCAAAAAGAGCAAGCCAUUCCAGACAGAUCUUUUCAACAAUCCUUCUGUCGUUAUAACUAAAAACGGGCCUGUUAUCCAGAAAGGAGCUAAAAGAAAACAAGAAGAACUUGACUAAUCUGGUUUGUAAUAACUUUUUUCUUUCUUAGAGGAGACUGUUUUUUAUUGUUAAUUUAUA